ACGGCUGGCACGUAGUCUACUUCAAAACUAAGAUUUUGUGCUAAUUUGCUUGACUCAGAGGGAGCUAAAGAUUCGUUUUCGGCGAAGAAGCAAUGUAGUUUCUGGCUCAAUACAUUCUGAAAUAGUGAUGUAAACAUGACUACAUUAGCGGAAGCACGUCACACGAGAGCCCGGGAGAGGAGUUUUGUGGGUAAACCCAGAAAGAUAUCUAGUGGUCUUCCACUGACCAGAGUUCAGCGUGUAGCUCAUCGAUCAGAUAUCCUUCUUGAUGAUCAGAUUUCGUUAGUGAAAGAAACCCAGGAUGCCUUAGAGAAGGCGAUGUUGAUGAUGUCAUCAUCUAAGGAUGCGAGAGAGCAGAAAGGAUGGUUGAAUGAGGUCGAUAGACUCAAGCUUCAAUGUGAUGAGAUGCUUCUUAUCCUUAAGGUUGUUAGGAAGCUGAGUGCAGAGCUUCUCUAUGCCAAGGUAGAGGUCGAACAGGCAGCCCAGUCACAGGGGAACGUUGGAGCCGCUCGUAAGAGGGUCGUCUGGCUGGAAGACCGUAUGGAACAUCUUCUUAGCCGUUACAGGAAUGACUUUAGGCUCAAUUCCCCACUGCCCAUUCAACCAAGGUUCAUAACUGAGAAGAAGACAAGACCAGGAGCGGGAAGGGCAGGGACAAACCAGACCAAGCGAACCCAUGACUCAUCAAGACCCAAGUCUAUCUUGAAACCUCCAAAGGGUCAACUUACAGAAGAUGAGAGUGAGAGAGAGGCUAUUAGAUCUCGAGGACGAGAAAGGGGGCAUGGAAACACCGAUAGACAGGCUCCAAACAGGCAUCAUAGACGCCAGCGAAAUGAGCUUAGAGGUCUGGAGACCGAUGAGACUCAGAGCACCGGGGAUGAAGCCGGAGGGGAUGGCGAAUGGGUCGCUAAGCACCGCCUGGCUCUCCGCAGUAGAGGUAGACCUGGAGGGGCGGGAGAGCGUGGUCGACCUGGAGGGAGAGGCAUUCAGGUUGGGGGUAGGGAUGCACCGGUGGACAGAAACCAUGCCAUCAGGUCACGUCAACCCGGCAUGGAUACGGAAGAUGAGGAAACGGAUGUGUCUCUGGAAGCAUCAAAGCGCCAUACUGGGAGAAACAGAGGGAUGAAAACAGGUGGGGGGAAACCGAGGAAGCAAGCUGUGGAAGGUAGUAUCAGAGACUCCAGUGAGGACAUCUUAGGUAACGUUACCACAGAGAUUGAAGAUGAUGAUGAGGAUGACGAUGGUGACGAUGAAGAGACUGGUGAUGACUUGAGCGCAAGGAGUGAUCUAGAAGAAGGGGACCUCGGUGGGAUUGAAAAUGGUGUCUUCAUGACUCAAGAGUCUGCUCCAUCAGAAGAAACUGAGAGCACCAGAGAGACGUCAUCGAUGAGUUCUCUCUCCAAGAAAGAAGACGGAGGUCAAGGCGAUGAUGAGAAAGAGGAGGAGGAGGUCGAUGAGGCUGCUGCUUACUGGGAAUCACCCCAUCACAAGUUUGAAUACAAUGAUCAUCGUGAAGCUAUCAGUCGUGAGAAUCCCAUGUCGUAUCACAACCUUGGUCUAGCUGUCUGUUCUUCAUUCAUAGAACCAGCUCCUGAAAUAGCAGCUGAGUUGCCAUGGAUACCUAUCAAGAAAGGAGAACAGAUGUCUGAUGUUCAUAUGAACAAACUCCUGCCACUCCGCCCAGUUACUGCUAAAGCUGAAGAACUUAUCGAAGGAAAAGUAGCAUUGGAUAAGAUAGCGGAAAGGAUUCAUGAUAUUUGGGGUAAGAUGGAGGAUGCCGCAGCUAGAUCUGUUGACAUCAUCUCACCAUUCAAGUCACCGGACAAAGAUGGGGCUUAUCUCAGCCAUAUAGAAGGUUCGAUUGGAUCUGCUCGUUCUUCUCCUAUUCCUGUGGAGUCACGGAAACCUUCGCCCGUCAAAGGAGACAAGACCCGCCCUCAGACCAAGAUGUCCAUGGUCAGAGCUAGAUCCGUUGCCAAGUCCAUGACGGAGUUUGAAGAGCCUCUGUCGAUGCCGUUUGCGAGUCCUCCCAGGACCGCCAUCAGCUCUACCGCUCCCAUGCUAGUCUACCACCCAAAACCCGUACCGCCUCCUGCUGUGCUACCACUCACCAGAACGAAUCAUGAAAAGUUUUAUCCGCGGAUCUCUAGCGAUUGGAACGAUGAUGAUCCCAAUGGUAAAGAGAGAGCUCAAAGAAUCGUCAACCAGAUGAACGUUGCCAAAGAAACCAAUCUCUUGGUUUAUAAGAGCAAGGAGAGUAAACGGAAAAAGAGUUCGAAGCUAGCAAUUCAGAAACAUGUGGGAGGAGCAAUAGUCAUGAGAAAAUGGAGAAAUGCAGCAGUGGCCAAUGCCAUGGCAACGGCUCAAAUCUCUGCUUUUAUGGGAUCAAAGCACCAGGGAAAUGGAAAAUAUCUUGAGAAAGACGAACCAAGAUGGAAAAGAAUUGAGCAUGUUCUAGGAAUGCUGACGUCUGACCGCGUGAUUGAAAGACAGGAUGCUGCCAGGCAUCUUGGAGAGCUUGAUGUAAUAGAGGAUACAGUUAUCGGAGCACUCACGGAUAGGCUUGAUAAUGAUGAGGAUCCCAGAGUUCGGUAUGAAGCGGCUAGGUCUUUGAUGUCCAUCGGUCAAUGGACAGAACCAGUGGUCAGACUGAUUGUCCAGUAUCUGAAGAAGGGCAGUUACCAGGCCAAGAGGGAUCUGGUUGAGAGUAUGAUCAAAGCUCGGGGUGCUGCUUAUAUCAAGAAGACUGAUCCCCAUAAUCGAGCUUUGGUGGACCAACUGAAGAAGAUUUGCGCUGCGGAGAAUCAAGGGGAUCUGGGAUUUGACUGUGCCGUGUGUCUUGGAUGUAUGUGUGUCCCUGACAAGCAAGCCAAGAUCAAACUAAUGGGAAGCCUUGAUAGCAAGGACAUCAAUGUGACUGCUAGGUCCCUUGAGAUCUUGGUGCGUCAGAUGCAUGCGUCCGAGCCUGCUGUAGUUCAGAUGGUCUUACAUCAACUACAGCAUUCCUCUGCAUGGAAGUACAGAGCAGCAGCUGCCAAGCUUCUAGUUCAUAUUGGAUCUAAAUGCAUUACUAAUGAAGAUGAUGAGAAGAUGAUAUUCAGGGUAGCUGACAAACGUCUCUAUGAUGAUCCGAGCAGGGAGGUCCGAAGUGAGAUCGCCAACAUGAUGACAUCUUUGGGACUGAAAGAGACGCUGUGUGAAUUGGUUGAGAAGAGACUCUUUGAUGAAGAUGAUGAUGAAAGAGCACAUGGUGUGCUGGCCGUGGGCGUUAUUGGAAUGAAGUCGGAGCGUAUACAACGCCAGCUCCUGGAGAUGCUUGAGCUUGAUUCGUGCGAGUACGUCAGGAUCCAGGUGAUUCGGACCCUUGCUGAUCUUGGUCUUACAAACAUCAAAGUGAUGCGAGCUCUCAAGAGCGUUGAGAGGAAUGAGGGCGCCCUAUCAAGAGAAUCGACCAAAGCACUGAAGAUCUUAAAUGCCAUCAAGCAGCGUCAAUCGGCCAGAAGCCCUCGAAGAACACCGUCAAGAUCACCAUCUAUACCAGCUAGCUCGGUGACUGCAGCAAGCAGGAAGAGGUCUCCCUCCAUGAAGAAGGCGAUGAGAAGUCAUGCUAAAGCUCUCAAUCAAACUAUCUGAAUUUAAUAGUCAUGUAGAGCAGGGCCCACGGAAAUUGGGGGGGGGAGCUGAGGGGACCCCCGCACUUUUUGUCAAAACUGUACAAAAACAUAAAAAUGACAAUCUGAUUAUUAUUUUUUGCAUGUUUACCCCCCUCCCCCCCACUUUAAAAACCGUUUUGCAGCCCCUGUAGAGUGGUUAAAGCCCUUUUUACACCUUCAC